AAUUGCAGCGAACGGAACAACACCUAAUGUCAUAAGUUCGAAUCAAAACCCCAACGAAUGCACAACUUGCCCGAGCAACGUUACUACAACACUGUCGGAUGGAAGCACAGCACUGAUCAAAUGUCCCCAAAAGGAGAACAAUCUCAUGUCACGUUCAAAACCAAACUAUCUGUGCUGGUCAAAUAAACACUGCCAAAAGAAGUGUCCUGAAAAGUGCCUGGCAAAAUCGUGCACAGAUGAUGGCGAAUGUUGCAGCCGAUUCUGCAUUGGUGGUUGCACCGGAGUAUACGGGAACGAGUGCACAGUGUGCGCUAAUUACAACUAUUUGGACGAUCAGGGUCGCAUACGGUGUGUGGACAAGUGUCCGCCAAAUAUGUUUCUCUUCAGUGAUACUCGAUGUGUGACGGAAGCUCAAUGUUACGCUUUGUUCAAACCGCUCCAAAGAGUGACCGAACCCGAAUCGACCGAACCGUAUCCGUACAUACCGCACGAAGGUGUUUGUCUGUUAGAUUGUCCGAAGGAUUACAUGGCACAGUAUAACACAACGACCAAGCAGAAGCAAUGUGUGAGCUGUGGAAAGAAAUGCCGCGUCGAGUGCCCAAGCAUGGUGGUUGAAAGCAUAUCGCACCUAGAUCAACUAGAAAAGUGUACCAUCAUCAAAGGAUCGCUCUCUAUUCGUUUGCGACAGUAUGGCGGAGAAAAUGUGGUGCAAAGGCUGGAAGAAACACUUAAAAAUAUCGAAGAAAUCGACGGCUACCUAAGCAUUGUUCGUUCCUAUUCUAUAAUUUCGCUCAGUUUCUUCCGUGAACUCAAAGUCAUUCACGGUAACUCGUUGACUGGCAAUAGUCUAUCAUUGAGUGUGCACGACAAUCAGAACCUGCAAGAGUUGUGGAGCCAAAAUGUAACGAUAAGGAAGGGCAACGUAUUAUUUAAUGGCAAUCCAAUGCUCUGCGUUAAAAAAAUAACCUCGCUGAAGUCCGGCUUCGGGCCAUCGGUGACCAUCGAGAAUGAAGACCAAUUAGGACGAAGUAACGGAGACCGUGUGCCGUGCGAAAUCGUUAAACUUGGCACGAGAGUCACGAAACUCUCCCUUGAUACUGCCAUUAUUAAUUGGGAUCCAUUCAAGGAACUGUACGACAUACGUCAGCUACUCGGCUAUGUCGUAUAUUACAUCGAGGCACCUACAAAGAAUGUAACAAUCUAUGAGGGGCGCGAUGCGUGUAACUCUGUCGGCUGGCGUGUAGAUGACAUACCCAACUGGCAGGAGAAGGGUCAGAACAGUCACUUGCUGACGCGCCUGACACCGUAUACCCAGUACGCGUACUAUGUUACGACUUACACUCUAUCAUCGGAAAAUAAGGGUGGCCAGUCGGAUAUUACCUACUUCCGCACCGCACCUGGGGAGCCAAGAAUGGUCCGAAGCUUAACAGUAACUGUGAAUGUGGAUACGAAUCGGGUGGUGAUCAAGUGGGAACCACCAAUUAAAAUGUUCGGCCAGCUAAAGCAAUAUCGAGUGAGUGCGGCACUGAAUGAAGAGAAAAACGAUAUGAUUAAUCAGCGAAAUUACUGCGAUCAUGAAAUUGAACAAACAACACCGAAACCAAAUAUAGCACCUCAAUCACCGAUCGGAACGACUCCCGCACCGAUCAGAGAUAACAGCCAGGGCUGCACGAUCGAAGACUGUGCGGCCUUCUGUCCAGCUAAUGGACCGCCCAAAAUAGAUGCCGCGGAAAUCGAGAAUGCGAUCCAAUUCGAAGAUUGGUUGCACAACUAUGUAUACAUAAAAAAUACCAAAUCAUCCUCUCGAAGGCGACGCAACAUUCUAAACGAAGAUGACUUAUCGGUGAAGAACGAUACGCAUGUGCUGUUUCCCAUUAACACGGACAACGUGUCUCAACAGACGCCGACGGUGUAUAGCAAUGAAAAAGUGAUUGGUGAAGAAUACUACCGUACGCUGACGGAAUCUGUCAAUACGACUGAAAUUAGCUUUCCGCUGAACAACUUCAAGCACUCGGCACUGUAUCAGUUCCAUGUCGUUGCGUGUCGGGAAAAUGCAACCCAAAUUCCUGGAACGAUAGUGGUCGAUGAACCGAGCACUAUCUGUGGUCCACCGCAGCUCAUAUCUUUCCGCACGCCUCGUAGGACGGAUGCUGACCUGGUUCCCUUCAACUCGUUAGAACUGUCAGAUAACUCUAACAGUACGCAACGAGUCAUUGGUGUGAAAUGGGUUGGUCCAUCAAAACCAAACGGUGUAGUCGUUUCGUAUUCGAUCAAGUAUCAACGUGUCGAUUUGGACUCCGUACAAGCGAUUACACGUUGCAUUACGGUGCACGGUUACAACAAAUCGGGCAUGUUUCUCUUGACCAAGCUGGAAGCGGGAAACUAUAGUGUGCGUGUUAUGGCUACGACAACGGCUGGCGAUGGUCCGUAUACGGCGGAAAAGUAUAUCUUUCUGCCGAAGCACGAAGGAGAUUCGCCAUGGUGGAUAUGGCUGCUUAUCGUCGUACUCGUGUUUAUUUUGAUGUUUUUCGGCAUCGUCGCUUUCUACUUCGCCAAACAAAAAUAUAUGCCGAUGUCAAAUAUGCGCCUUUUUGCGCACGUCAACCCAGACUAUGCCGGAGUCACCUACAAAGUGGACGAAUGGGAAGUACCUAGGGAGCACAUCAUUCAACUGGAAGAACUCGGCCAGGGCUCGUUCGGGAUGGUGUACAAGGGCAUUGUGACGAAACUAGGUAACGAUGCGAACAUUCCGUGCGCAAUUAAAACGGUUAACGAGAGUGCUACCGAGCGCGAACGUGAGAGCUUUCUUAUUGAGGCGACGGUCAUGAAAGAGUUCAACACUCACCAUGUGGUUCGGUUGCUUGGUGUGGUUUCGGUCGGGCAACCAACGCUAGUCAUAAUGGAGCUGAUGGCGAACGGUGACCUCAAGAGCUAUCUCCGCCGUCACCGACCAGAUUAUGAAAAUGGUGAGGAGCAAUCGCCGCAGCCUCCGACAUUGAAGCAAAUUUUCCAAAUGGCGAUCGAGAUUGCGGACGGAAUGGCGUACUUGGCGGCGAAAAAGUUCGUUCACCGUGAUCUUGCUGCCCGAAAUUGUAUGGUGGCUGACGAUCUUACUGUAAAGAUUGGUGAUUUCGGCAUGACGCGCGAUAUCUACGAGACAGACUAUUAUCGCAAGGGAACGAAAGGUUUCCUGCCGGUACGUUGGAUGGCACCUGAAAGUCUCAAGGAUGGCUUAUUUUCAAGCAGCAGUGACGUGUUUAGCUACGGCGUAGUGCUAUGGGAGAUGGCAACGCUUGCCUCGCAGCCCUAUCAGGGUCUAACGAAUGAUCAGGUUCUGCGCUACGUUAUCGAUGGUGGUGUUAUGGAGCGCCCGGAAAAUUGUCCUGACAAACUAUACGAACUGAUGCGCAGCUGUUGGCAUCAUCGCCCUUCAGCGCGACCCACCUUCGUGGAAAUCAUAACAAAGUUGCUAAUGCAUGCCAACGAGCGAUUCGAACAAGUAUCGUUCUUCCAUUCUCCGGAUGCUAUCGAUAAUGCAGCCCAACCAGGGCAAGGAUUGAUAGAUGAGGUAACGGUUCCGUUGCGGGCAAAUGAAGAGGAGGAUCUCGAUGAGGAAGAAGACGACCAGUACUCCAUUGAGAUGACGGACAGUCAAUUGAUGCAAAACAAUGGACCGAAACCGGACAUCCGAUCAACACAUUCACCGCAGAGGUGAGCACGAUAGGCGUGAAUCAGAUCUUUUCAUAGUAACUCAGUUCAAUGGAGGUAAAUUAUAAACACAGCGAGUCAAAGUCAAAGGCAAACCAGAAUACCAGAUAGCGCAUAGGCGGUGGCAAAAGCCCAAAGGAAGCUUUAUAAGGAUACAGUAAAAAGAGAUGAUAGGGACAAUGGAUUAAAGCAAGGAGAACCUAGAAUUCUAGCCACGACAAAUACAGUAAAAUCUAGAAGCUGUAUUCACAUGAAACGGAUUAACAAUCCUACACGGGAACAAAGUGAAGGCCCUCUUGGGGUGCACUUGUUGUUGCUACCUGUCAAACCGCGGAACUUUGACUCGGUUUUGUAUCAUUCUUUUGAGACGGUAUUCACCUAAUUCAACCUUCUACCAGAUAACUCACACUCAGGAGCUUGAAUGAAUAAUUUAUUCCUUAAUAUAUCGUCCGCUCACUACCCUGUGCGCUUUAAUAUAUUUUCCGGGGCUCCAUCCAGAAGCAUUCCACUUGCAACAAAAAAAAUUGUUUCUGAAAGCUGGUAUGGGGUGUAUAAGCAUUGCAUUAAUCAACAUUCUGUAAGUCUACCAGAUUCACAGCAUGAAUUCUUGAAAGUUGUGUGGUAACCGACCUGGGCUGCAUGUUUAGGUAAAUUUGUUUUAGAUUGUGCUUACUCGUGGAAAAUUUACAAUUUCCUUUGUUCACAUUUAUAAACACAUUCAACAAGGUUAUUUUAUGGUGUUUGCAAGGAAUCCAUUUUCGAACAACAACAGUGGAGUGUGCAAUCUUUGGCUACCGUCUCAUGAACAUCGCUGGACAAAUAUCGCUGUUAAAGUGUAUUCUGCGUCAGAUUAUGUUGAACAAUCGAUGGAACAAAUAAUAGGAAUCGAGCAAAUGAAAAUAAGCAACGGACGAAAUAGCAAAGGAGGAAGAAUGAAGCAGGAUCAAAAUGGAAUAAUAACUUAAUGCUGUGUGCUGAUGCUAUCGCGCUCACAUGACAAAGUUUUUGGAAUAAGUAUCGUAGAUAAAUAUGUUUUUAAUUCACACUGAAAGCCUUUCAACUGCUAUAGCAACUGUAUCUACUAGUGUACUAGUUCAACAGCGGCAGUACCAGCAGAAGGAAGGUCUGAAAACCUAACACAGUUCCUUAGCGCAAUAGCUAAAUAAAUAAUAGUGCCAGGGCGCGAACUACCACUACUACACUACUGCAAAUGCUGCUGCAAUUGCUUUUAAGACAUUGUUCGCAUAACUCAGUUUUUUGAGUGCAAAUGUGCUUCAUUUUUUUUAAAUAAGUAAUUUUUUCUGUGGAGCAGAAUCAAAGCAGCUAAAUAUUGUAAGUAACAUAGAGCUAGCCCAAAACGCGAUAUUUGCACGCGGUUCCUAACUGUUAUUUAUCGUUCCGUACAAGUGAGAGUGUAUAAUGGCGUGGGGACUUGAAGCAAAUCAGUGAACCAGUAAAGUUUGCCUGUAUAGAAUUGAUUGUAUUGUAGAGACAAGCCAAAUAUCGUCACUCCUUUUUUCAGUUGUUGCUCGCCGCGUUCUAUUUUAGCGAAGCCGUCGUUUAGUACUACAACGGCAUCUGGAAAGAAAGGAAACGACAGGUUACAGUAUACAGUGUUAUAGAGGGUUACUUUGAAUCAUUUAUUUUGCCGCUCUUUCACUGAAUUCUGGAUGCUAAUAAGAAGGUUCGCUGUGCGAGCUAAAACAAAAUAAAAAUAUUUCAAGCUUGGGCCUACGGGUGUGUCGGAACUGCUGCUCUCCUAACAGUAGUUUGAAGAGUAUUCUAGGGGGCUUCACUAUUUGUUUUUCCCGUAAGUUUCGCUGUGCGAGCUAUAGUUUAGUGGAGGCCUACUCCCUACCAAUUGCUAGUGGAUCUUUACUAAAUACGCUGCUUGAGUAUAUUACUCACCGACUUACGCAGAAGACAUUUUAAAUGGGAAGUAAAAAACAGACAAAAAAACGCUACAUCGACGUACCCAAUUUUUACAGGCCCACCCGUACAAUCACGCAGACAAAAACACACAAAUGUCCUGCUUCCAAAGGGAGGAGGGGGCUUUGCGAGACAAUCUUGUGCCUCUGUAGUGUUGUAUGCUAACCUAGUGCGAAUUCGUUCGUUUUUCAAUUUUUACAGACGACGAGGGUUAAAUACGCAAAAUUUAUAAUGUGGAAAAAAUCCUAAGCAUCACCAAUGCAAUGCGGCGAAAUAGAUGGAGAAAAAAACAAAAAUACAUAAAAAUGUACACUAACUCAUCGUCGCAAGAGACAAUAGCAAUAAGAGAGGGAAUAGGAGAUUGUAUCAGAUUCACGGUGUUGGUCUUUUUCGGUCUUUUCCUUACAUCCGACGCAUCAUCAUCUUCGUUGCGGGUUUUUGUGUUUUUAGUAGGCUUGUUCGCGGAGCGUUGGAGCCGAUGAAACUGAGAACGUUUAGCUAAAUAUAGCCAACUAGUUGGGUGUUCCUAUUGAGAAAAAACUAUGUUAAUUCGUCGGGUUCCUCUAUCCUUCAGCAGCUGCCAAUUCCCAGAGAGAUACGAUACAUUUUUCGUGUUAAGAGUCCUUAUUCCAAUUUUAAUCUGAACACCAAUUUGUAUAAUCGUGUAAAGCUAUUGUGUGGAAGAUUAGGCAGUUAAGCGUAUGUAAAUAAGUAAAUAUCUACGUGUAUAAGUUAGCCAGAUUAAAAAAUCACCGUUGGUACCCAUUAACAUUUCUAAUUAAUAAGUAUUUCUAAUGGCGCAAAAAUGAUUUCUGUACAUAUUAAGGCAAUGAAAGAUGAACGCGAUUCUUUUUUUGUUGAAUAUGCAAACAUUUGUUUAAAGUUAUGCAAGGGAAAUGUACAGCGAGGCAAAGCAGAAGAGAAGGCAACAGCCGGUGACGAUUGACGGAAGGACAAUGUAGUUCUACACACACAGAUCGAGGCUAAACAAUAAUCUUGUCAAAAAUAAAAUGGGACAUGUUUUUAUGAAACGAA